GCUUCGUCAACGAUGCAUUUAAGUAAUAUGUUUCUGCUUGAGCUAACGGUGUUGUUUCUCGUGGUUACGGCACAAGGAAUAGCUGGAUGUCCUGGCAACCAGAUCCAAGUAGAGUGUGGUAGUGGAUGCCCAUUACCCACGUGUGAAAGACCUAUCCCUCCUACAUUUUGUAUACCAAUGUGUCGUACUUGUAUUUGUCCCACCAAUACAGUAUGGGAUGGGAGUUAUUGCAUACCUUAUCACCAUUGUCCUUUUCCUGGUACAACACCAGCACCGCCAGUUUGUCCUGGCAACCAGAUCCGUGUAGAGUGUGGUAGUGGAUGCCCAUUACCCACAUGUGAAAUACCCAACCCACCAUCUACAGUGUGUCCAGAGUUUUGUCGUACUUGUAUUUGUCCCACCAAUACAGUAUUGAAUGGAGAUUAUUGCAUACCAUAUAGCGAGUGUCCUUCUACUGCUACAACACAACCAGCACCAGUUGGUUAGAAGAUGACAUUUAGACAAUGGAUACUUAAGAGAACAACGUACAAACUUCCCUUUUUUUAUAUUUGGUGGUUGCUUGGUGUAAAUAAAAAAUUGCUUUAUA